UCACUCUGCUGCUGCUCUCUUUCUUUCUCUUCCUCUUUCUUCAUCAAGAGAUCAACCAUGUUUCCCGUUCUUGUUACAUGCCUGCGUUCUUCCUAUACUGAAAGCCACACACGUUCAGGAAACCCACAACCCAGAUCCAAAUUCCAUUUCCUGGUUGAACAAGAACAUGUUUAUGUAAGUACAAUGAAUGAUGGCUCUGAAACCAGUUUUAGAGUGGGUUCUAAUCUAUUGCCAGAGCAAGUAUUCAUUAUUGAGUUCCCUUACCUGCUCAUACCUGAAGUCAGCGAGAUCAAAAUCCAUGCCAUGCUUACCCAGAUGGAAAUCCCUCCAGAUUCCAUUGAGAGAAUUAAACGACAGAUAACCCAUUAUGCUUUUCAAGCAGCCUCGUUCUGUAGAGAGAGGAUAGACGUUUGUGAAGCCUUUGAUAUCUUAAUAGGUCUUAGUGUUCCUCUCGCACAAUAUUACAGAGGUGUUGAUGAUCACAUUGAAUGGUUCGAGUCCAUGGAUAUCGGAGGAGAAGAAGGUUCAAUGAGGUUGGUUCCGGCUUCACGAUCAUCGAUUCAAGCUUUAGAGAUCAAGAAAUUUGAUGAUAUAGAAGAAGGCUCUUCUUCUUCUUCUUCUUCUACAGAGACUUGUAUGAUUUGCAUGGAUGAGUACGUGAGAGGAGUCGAUGUUGCACGGUUGCCUUGUUCACAUCUCUUUCAUGGUGAAUGCAUUGUUAAGUGGUUGGAACGCAAGAAUUCGUGCCCCUUGUGUCGUUCUCUAUUGCCUUCAGAAGCUUAAUUUCUUCAAUUUUUAU